CGGCACUUUGCGACCAUGUCGUCAUCGGGUCGGUUGGGACUUGGAUCAGCGGUGACCAGCGGUAGUAGUAGUGGUGGUGGUGGUGGUGGAGGUGGUGGAGGUACCAGCGGAGCCUCUCCUUCGUCUUCCCCUGCUCCCCCUGCUGCACUCGGCAGUCUUCGUCGUCGUGCUGCCGAGGCAGCUGCCAAGCACAACCCUCGGAGGCUCACGAGGGCAAAGGAGGAGUUGCUCAAGUUUGUGGCUGCGAGAAGUGAUCACGCCACGACCGAGGACGAGCUCACGUCGCUGCUCGAGUCGGCCGCCUUUGAUUCGGUACUCCCAGACCUCUCGCCUGACGACCGCGUGGCGCUCGGCCGUCUGGUGGCCAACGUGCUCGACGCUCAGGCGCCGGUGGCUGGCCGCUCAGGAUCGAGCGCAAGCCAGGCGCCUGCAGCUGCCCAGAGCAAGCAGGUAGAGGCCUUGCUCCGCACUGCCUCCAAACUCAGCUCGCUCCAUCUCGGCGAUCUUGUCGCCGAAGUUGCCGAGUCCUCACCCGACUACGGCUUUGCCGUCUGCACCUUUGAGCAGCUGCAGCUCUCCGACUACCUUGGCGCUGGCGCAUUUGGCCAGGUCAUGCGCGGGAGCUACCGCGGGCAGGACGUCGCCGUCAAGCGCAUGAUGGGCGAAGAAUACGACGAGGACGAGUUCCAAAGCUUCCUCGGCGAGGUUGCCCUCCUCGCCCAGCUCGAUCACCCGUCGUGCGUCAAGUUCCACGCCGCCUGCGUCGCUUUUCCCAACAUCUGCAUCGUCACCGAGUUCGUCGCCGGGGGCGACCUGGAGCACAAGCUCCAUGAGACGUUUGAGCCAGUCGACGCCGUCCUCAUCCUGCAGGACGUCGCCAACGCCAUGGCCUACCUCCACUCUAAGAGGAUCAUCCACCGCGAUCUCAAGCCGGGCAACGUCCUCCUCACCGCCGACGGCCGCGCCAAGGUCGCUGACUUUGGCCUUGCCAAGGUUCGCGAGGCCACAUACGUCGAGACAAAAUGCGGCACACCCGUCUACGUCGCUCCUGAAGUCGUCCGCGGCGAGCCGUACUCUGACAAGGCUGACGUCUACUCGUACGGCGUCCUGGCGUGGGAGGUCGUCGCCCGCGACGAGCCCUUUAUUGAGCAGGACUACGCCACUCUUAUGGACAUGAUCAAGGACAUCGUCUUCAACAAGGCUCGUCCCGGACCCAUGCCCAUCCGCGUCUCGCCUGUCCUCCAAGAGACCAUGUACGCCUGCCUUGACCACGACGUCGCUCUCCGUCCCUCGUUUGCCCAGGUCUGCUCCUGGAUCCAGUGGCUGUAGCUCUUGUCACCUCCCC